AUGGCCAAGAUCAACACCCAAUACUCCCAGCCCUCCAGGACCCACCUCAAGGUAAAGACCUCAGACCGAGAUCUCAAUUGCGCUGAAAAUGGCCUCAGCAGAGCCCACUCGCCAAAUGAGGAGACAUCGUCAGCGCUGCAGCCGGGGAUCGCCAUGGAGACCAGAGGACUGGCUGACUCCAGGCAGGGCUCCUUCACCGGCCAGGGGAUCACCAGGCUGUCGCGCCUCAUCUUCUUGCUGCGAAGGUGGGCUGCCAGGCAUGUGCACCACCAGGACCAGGGACUGGACUCUGUUCCUGAUUGUUUCCGUGGAGCUGAGCUUAAGGAGGUAUCCAGCCAAGAAAGCAAUACCCAGGCAAAUGUGGGCAGCCAGGAGCCAGCAGACAGAGGGAGAAGCGCCUGGCCCCUGGCCAAAUGCAACACUAACACCAGCAACAACACGGAGGAGGAGAAGAAGACGAAGAAGAAGGAUGCGAUCGUAGUGGACCCGUCCAGCAACCUGUACUACCGCUGGCUGACCGCCAUCGCCCUGCCUGUCUUCUAUAACUGGUGUCUGCUUAUUUGCAGGGCCUGUUUCGAUGAGCUGCAGUCUGAGUACCUGAUGCUGUGGCUGGUCCUGGACUACUCGGCAGAUGUCCUGUAUGUCUUGGAUGUGCUCGUGCGAGCUCGGACAGGUUUUCUUGAGCAAGGCUUAAUGGUCAGUGAUACCAACAGGCUGUGGCAGCAUUACAAGACGACCACGCAGUUCAAGCUGGAUGUGUUGUCCCUGGUCCCCACCGACCUGGCUUACUUAAAGGUGGGCAUAAACUACCCAGAAGUGAGGUUCAACCGUCUACUGAAGUUUUCCCGGCUCUUUGAAUUCUUUGACCGCACAGAGACAAGGACCAACUACCCCAAUAUGUUCAGGAUUGGGAACUUGGUCUUGUACAUUCUCAUCAUCAUCCACUGGAAUGCCUGCAUCUACUUUGCCAUUUCCAAGUUCAUUGGUUUUGGGACAGACUCCUGGGUCUACCCAAACAUCUCAAUCCCAGAGCAUGGGCGCCUCUCCAGGAAGUAUAUUUACAGUCUCUACUGGUCCACCUUGACCCUUACCACCAUCGGUGAGACCCCACCCCCCGUGAAAGAUGAGGAGUAUCUCUUUGUGGUCAUAGACUUCUUGGUGGGCGUUCUGAUUUUUGCCACCAUUGUGGGCAAUGUGGGCUCCAUGAUCUCGAAUAUGAACGCCUCGCGGGCAGAGUUCCAGGCCAAGAUUGACUCCAUCAAGCAGUACAUGCAGUUCCGCAAGGUCACCAAGGACUUGGAGACGCGGGUUAUCCGGUGGUUUGACUACCUGUGGGCCAACAAGAAGACGGUGGAUGAGAAGGAGGUGCUCAAGAGCCUCCCAGACAAGCUGAAGGCUGAGAUCGCCAUCAACGUGCACCUGGACACGCUGAAGAAAGUUCGCAUCUUCCAGGACUGUGAGGCGGGGCUGCUGGUGGAGCUGGUGCUGAAGCUGCGACCCACUGUGUUCAGCCCUGGGGAUUAUAUCUGCAAGAAGGGGGACAUUGGGAAGGAGAUGUACAUCAUCAAUGAGGGCAAGCUGGCCGUGGUGGCUGAUGAUGGGGUCACCCAGUUUGUGGUCCUCAGCGAUGGCAGCUACUUCGGGGAGAUCAGCAUUCUGAACAUCAAGGGGAGCAAGUCGGGGAACCGCAGGACGGCCAACAUCCGCAGCAUCGGCUACUCAGACCUGUUCUGCCUCUCAAAGGACGAUCUCAUGGAGGCCCUCACUGAGUACCCCGAAGCCAAGAAGGCCCUGGAGGAGAAAGGACGGCAGAUCCUGAUGAAAGACAACCUGAUCGAUGAGGAGCUGGCCAGGGCGGGGGCGGACCCCAAGGACCUUGAGGAGAAGGUGGAGCAGCUGGGGUCCUCCCUGGACACCCUGCAGACCAGGUUUGCACGCCUCCUGGCUGAGUACAACGCCACCCAGAUGAAGAUGAAGCAGCGUCUCAGCCAAUUGGAGAGCCAGGUGAAGGGUGGUGGGGACAACCCCCUGGCUGAUGGGGAAGUUCCCAGGGAUGCUACAAAAACAGAGGACAAACAACAGUGAAAAUGCAGCAUCUGUCUCCUACUUCACAGGGUCGACUGUCAGGGUGACGUUAUGUGGCCACAGCUGUGUGACAUGGAACUUGGUCAGGAUUUAAUUCCAGCUCUACUCACCCUUUGAAAGCUGUGUGACUGCCUGAGAGAGCCUGUUUCUUCACCUAGAAAAUGGGACUUUUUGUCUCAGUCCCAGUGAAGUGCCAGGUUUGAUUGUGAAGUCCGCAUGAAACACUGCACCAAGCAGGGCUUUGCGAAGUGCAAGGUGUCCCCAGUCCAAGUAUAUGAAAACAUGCACACAGGACUCUCAUUACUUCUUUAUGGAAUCCGCAAGGCGUUUUUAGGCUUUUUAAUCUAAUUUUCUUAUAAAUGAAAGAUUAUUUAGUCACCUUUCUCCUCUCCAACUUCACUCCACCACCACCUGAUAAUAGGUAUAUAACAGGAAGCUGAAGGUACAACAUAGUGACUAAAAUUCAGACUUACACAAGACAGUUUGAGGCAUAUUUCUGAAUCUGGUAUCACCUCGUGUGUUCUUUGGGGCCCUAGAAACCCUGGCCUUUGGGAGUGCUAUGGCAAGUAGAAGUUCUGUACAAUGGAAAGAGGCUGCCCCAUUUGAGGUCACUUAAAAUCUGUGAAGCAAAUCCAGACUCCUUGCCAUUCAGCCACUGUGAAACCAGAAUCUGCUUCACAGAAAAAAGCAUCUCAGUUAGGAGAAGAGACAUCCCCUCCUUCUCACUUGCCAAAGAGAUUCAAAGACAGCCCCUAUCCUCCAUUCUUGAGUCAGGGCCCUAGGUGACCUAUUCUAACUCAAGGAGGAGAGCUAUGUACAGGGAUAGCAUUUUAGAUGGAAGGCUGGAAUGGUGUCCUAAACCAAAAAAGCUGACAACUAAGAGUUUUAGAAGAUUAGACCAUUAGGAAUGUAUCUUUGCAAACUGCCCAUUCACCCAUGAACAGGAAGCCUCAAGAUCCCUUGGAAUUGCAUCCCGAGGCAAAGCUUUUGGCUCACUGAAAGCUCACAGAUUGCAGAAAUUAGCUUUUUUAAAAAACGAACCCCAGUAAAUAUAAUUUCAUUAACAUUUUAUAACAGAUUUGUAUUUUUUAGUUCCAUGAUUGCAAAUUGUGACCUCAAAUUCCAUCCUUCACUUAUGUAACAUGUUGCAAAUUACCCAAAGAUGAGACUUUCUUCUUUCUUUCCUUUUUCCUUUCUUCUUCCUUUCCUUUUUUCUUUCUUCUUCCUUCUUUCUUCCUCUUUCUCUCUCCCCUUUUCCUCCUCAAAAUGUAUAUAUUUUAAAAGCCUUAACUAUUAGUUAUGCCUGCAUUCAUAUUUGCACAGGAAAAAUAAAGACCUGGAUUUAAAAAUAGGAAUGACUCUUGCUUCAGCUCUUGCCAUAAGGGAAGUUUCAGUCCCAGAGUAUGUUUCUAGGGCAAUGGCUUCCCUAGAAAGAAUAGGUGCUGAUGUGGGGGAUGGCACACGUUCCAAGAAAGUGACAAAGCAAAGUGCUGUUAAGGGCACAAACCAACAAGAACUCUCAUUCAUUGCUGGUGGGCAUGCAAUAUGGCAAUUUGGAAGACAAUUUGGUAGUUUUUGUAAAGUCAGGCAUAUGCUUUAGCAUAUGAUCCAGCAAUCACACCCUAGGUAUUUACCUAAAAGAAUUUGAAACUUAUAUGCACAUAAAAACAUGUAUAUAAAUGUUGGUAGCAGCUUUAUUCAUUAUUAACAAAAAUCUGGAAGCAGUAAUAAUAUCAUUCAAUAAGUGAAUGGAUAGAUAAACAGUCAGGUGAGGUGGUGUGUGCCUAUAAUCCCAGCUACUAAGGAGGCUGAGAAGAGAGAAUCAUUUGAGUCCAAGAGUUUGAGGACAGCCUAGGCAACAUAGCAAGACCCUGUCUCUAAAAAAAAAAAAGGAAAGAAAUAAAAAACAAAGUAAAACAGUGGUAUAUUUAUACAAUCACCGUAUAACCAAAUACUACUCAGGAAUGAAAAUGAAUGAGCAAUUGAUCAAGGGCAAAAGAUUCCAUUUGUAUGACAUUCUGGAAAAGGCAAACAAUGAUGAUGGAAAACAGCUCAGCGGUUGCCAGGGGUUGUCAGGGGUGUAGAGGCUGAUUGCAAAGGAGAUCACGGGGGAGUUUUUAGUGUGAUGGAACUGUUUUGCGUGGUGUUGGGGUGGUGGGUAUAUGACUGUGCGUUGUCCACUCUCACAGAACUGUAUACCACAAAGAAUAAACUGUAAUGUAUGAAAUUUUAAAAUAUCAACCCGAAUGUGGGCAAUACAAGGAUGGAAAGCAGAUUGUGACAAAUGAAUCUAGCUAUCUUAGAAAUAUAUGACAUAACUUUACUGAAGGACAUAGGGUAAAACGAUGACCUAAGUAAUGUUAAAAAUGGUGCUUUGAGUAGAAACUAAGGCUAAAGAUGAAAAGAUGUGACAUGAAUACUGUACUCUAGUUGUAAAUUUGUUUCACAUGGAGAUAUGCGUUACUAAUUCAGAAUUACAUUAUACUAUGGAUAAAUGCAUGAAUGAGUGAAUAAAUAAAUAAAUAAAUGCUUUAGAAAAUGGAAGCCAGAUUUAUCAU